AUGUAUGGCUGUAUCAGAGCAUCAAGCCUGAGUAAACAUGUUUUGUCACCCACUUUCAGUUUCUGCUUUGGGACCCCAGGGAUAGGGACUGGUACUGACAGUAGCCACCACAGACAGAUGUUAGCUGCCCUGGGAAGUAGGAGUUUCUCAGAGUCUGAGGUUCAGCCAGGUAGAGCAACCUGCCCAAGGUCUGACCUGACAGAGGAAGGAGAAAAUCUUGUGUUUUCCGCCUUCCUAGGGGUGAGAGAAUGGACAGGGCGGGCAGGGGCUGUGGAUGUUGGGCUUGCUUCCAUCAGAAAGGCCUCCUGUCUCUGGCGGACUCGCAGCCUCAACAGAAACAGGCCCUUUUGA